ACAGCGUUUCCGGGCAGCGCUAAACUUUACGAAGCUGCAAGUUUCAGAAGGGCUGGCAAAGCCGGCCGAGUACGCGAGGCUUAAAAGACGGAUACGAUAAAACACAGCUGCUGUCUGUGAAGCAUAUCAGCUCGCUGCUGUUAAUGCAGGAGCGCCCGUUUGGAUAUUAAACGCAGUUAACGUAGUUAGCUUAGCGGGUAACCGAAGCCUAGCAGCGUUAGCUUGGCAGCUAAUGGCCGUUGGAAAGGCAGCGCGGUGUUUUGGCAGCUCUGUAAACUUCUAACCGACAUAUCUGCGUCUGACCGGCUGCUUUCUGACUCGAAACCUUCUCGUUGCGAUUUUCAGACUGGAAUAUGUGAUCUGCCCCCAGUUUCAGGAGGUUAGACCUCGGCAGAGUGGCGCUGUAGGAGGAGAAGAGGAGACACGUCACUGAGAGAGGCAGCGGCUGGGAUAGCUGGCGCUGCGACGACCAGCUGUUCAGUUCAGCUCCAGCUCUGGAGCUGAAAACCUCCCCGAGAAAAUGGGCUCGCUGUUUCGCAGUGAGGAGAUGUGCCUGGCGCAGCUGUUCCUCCAGUCCGGCUCAGCAUACGACUGCAUCAGUGAACUGGGAGAACUGGGACUGGUGGAGUUCAGAGACCUCAACCCGAGUGUAAACGCCUUCCAGCGCAAGUUUGUUAACGAGAUUAAGAGGUGUGAGGACAUGGAGAGGAUCCUGGGAUAUCUCCUGAGGGAGAUCAAGAAAGCUGACAUAGCUCUACCAGAGGGCGAGGUGAACCCAGUGGCGCCGCUACCCAAACAUGUGAUGGAUAUAAUGGAGCAGCUUCAGAGGCUGGAGCUGGAGCUGAGUGAGGUCACCAGGAACAAAGAGAAACUGCAGAAGAACCUUCUGGAACUGACGGAGUACACACACAUGCUGCGCAUCACACGCAACUUCGUGCACCGCAAUGCGGAGCAGAGGGAGUCAGUGCGGCCGCAGUACGAAGAGUUUCCUUUCCUGGAAAAAGACGUCGUGAUGGACUACAGCAGCAUGCAGAGACUCGGCGCCAAACUCGGGUUUAUCUCAGGGCUGAUCCAGAGAGCGAAGAUCGAGGCGUUUGAGCGGAUGCUGUGGAGAGUUUGUAAAGGCUACACAAUCCUCAGCUAUGCUGAGAUCGACGAAUGCCUGCAAGAUCCCUACACUGGUGAGUCUACUAGAAGUGUGGUCUUCCUCAUUUCCUACUGGGGUGAUCAGAUAGGACAGAAAGUUAAGAAGAUCUGCGACUGCUACCACUGCCAUCUGUACCCGUAUCCCAACAGUAAUGAGGAAAGGGCUGAUGUGGUGGACGGGCUGCGCACACGCAUUCAGGACCUACACACAGUUCUCCACCGGACGGAGGACUACUUGAAGCAGGUGUUGAACAAAGCCUCAGAGUCGGUGUACACUUGGGGAAUCCAGGUGAAGAAAAUGAAGGCUAUUUAUCACAUCCUCAACCUCUGCAGCUUCGACGUCACCAACAAGUGCCUCAUCGCGGAGGUGUGGUGCCCUGUAAAUGACCUGCCUGCCCUGCGGAGGGCGCUAGAAGAAGGCUCGAGAAAAAGUGGUGCCACCGUUCCAUCGUUUGUCAACCGUAUCCCUAGCAACGACACUCCACCCACUCUCAUACGGACCAAUAAGUUCACCUCAGGCUUUCAGAACAUAGUGGAUGCCUAUGGAGUCGGCAGCUACAGGGAGGUCAACCCAGCGCCUUACACUAUCAUCACUUUUCCCUUCUUGUUCGCCGUAAUGUUUGGUGACCUCGGCCACGGGGUCAUCAUGGCCGUGUUCGCCCUCUGGAUGGUUCUGUAUGAAAAUGACCGCAAACUGAAGAAAACCAGGAACGAGAUCUGGAACACGUUUUUUGAAGGACGUUACAUCAUCUUAAUGAUGGGCAUAUUCUCAGUGUACACUGGAUUCAUAUAUAACGACUGCUUCUCCAAGUCUCUUAACCUGUUUGGCUCUGGGUGGAACGUCAAAGCCAUGUUCGAUCACGGGCCGUGGAAGAUGGACACACUACAGUCAAACAGCUUCCUCACGCUCGACCCUAAUGUCACAGGAGUCUUCACUGGACCGUACCCUCUGGGCAUCGACCCAAUUUGGAACCUGGCAUCAAACAGACUCUCAUUCCUGAACUCCUACAAGAUGAAGAUGUCUGUAAUCUUGGGGAUCAUUCACAUGAGCUUUGGGGUCAUUCUGGGGGUCUUCAACCACCUACACUUCAGGAGGAAGUACAGCCUUUACCUGGUGUUUCUGCCGGAGCUGCUCUUCCUGCUCUGUCUCUUCGGCUACCUGGUUUUUAUGAUCGUCUAUAAGUGGCUGGCCUUCACAGCCCGGGAGUCAGAGAAGGCCCCCAGCAUCCUCAUCCAAUUCAUCAACAUGUUCAUCAUGCAGGAAGGCUCUGGCGAGCCCCUUUACCCAGGCCAGGCUGGACUGCAAGUGUUUUUGGUCCUUAUUGCGGUGCUGAGUGUUCCUGUCUUGUUGCUGGGGAAGCCGCUCUACCUCUACUGGCUUCACAAGGGCAGGAAUAACAUGGGCAUGUAUAGGGGAUACGAACGAGUACGACGCAGCAGUGAAGAGGAGAUUUCUCUCAUGCGCGCGCACGAUUUAGAGGAGGGCAACAGCCUGGACAGUCAUUCCAGCAGCUCAGAUGGGCAAUCAGAAGAGUUGGAUUUUGCAGACGUGUUCCUGCAUCAGUCCAUCCACACCAUUGAAUACUGCCUGGGCUGCAUCUCUAACACUGCGUCCUACCUGAGACUGUGGGCGCUGAGCCUGGCACAUGCACAGCUGUCGGAGGUGCUGUGGGCGAUGGUGAUGCGUGUGGGGCUGCGUGUGGACACCAGGGUUGGUGUGCUGUUCCUGGUGCCCGUCUUUGGCCUCUUCGCCGUCCUCACCGUCUCCAUCCUGCUGGUGAUGGAGGGUCUAUCAGCGUUCCUGCAUGCGCUGCGCCUCCACUGGGUGGAGUUUCAGAACAAGUUCUACAGUGGCGCCGGCACCAAGUUCUCACCGUUUGCCUUCUCUCUUUUGCACGCAAGCUUUGAGAGUCAUGGACUACUGUGAUUUCACACACUCCAGCCCAGAGAGCAGCGGCGCUGCAGAGGUGUUCGAAGGACCGUAACCAGAUUGAGCCUCAAAACUGUACAGCUUCCUCUUUUUAAUGUGUUUAUAUAUGAAGUGUUUGCACUGUGACUGCCUUACACAUCCAACCAAAUACACAGUUUUCAUGUUUAAUUCCGGUUACAAUGGGACACGGAAUCUCGAGGGCCCGGCUGCUGUGUCAGGUGGCUCAGGCUGCUGUCGAGGACUUGGUUUUAUCAGUAUUGCAGAAAACAUAGCAUGUCGGUAAGUAGGCACCUCUUUAGUCGCGGCGUCAUCGGGAUUCGAACUCCAGAUCUCCCGACGGUGACAGAACACUGAAUGGUGGUGCCACCACCUGUUUAAAUAUAUGACCAUAAUACAGGUGGUUAAAAUAGGACGUAUUGACAUUGAACUUUUAGGAUGAGAAUACUACAUCACAUUGCAGGCUUUUUUUAUCAAGAGAACUGAGGAAAAAUAAUUCUAAGCGAUAAUUAACAAAAAAUAAAACUACAGAGAUGAUGGACGGCUUCACUUGCAGUUCUGCGAUUCUUAUAUUAUUUAGGACUCUUAAAGUGUGACCAGUUGAGAACCGAUAAUCAUGUCUGUCAGUAAAGCACCGGUAAAACUAAUAUACAGUUAAAUGAGCUUUAUUAUAAGUCAGUAUUUGACUCUGGCAUAAAAGGUUCAUAUUGGUUAAGCCCUACAAUGCAUUAUUAUUAAUAUUAGACAAUGGUGGGAACUGUAAACAGCACUUGAACUGAUAUAUUAGAUGUAUAAUAUUGUUGCAGCUGGUCAGUGAAGCUACAAGCAUUUGCAAAAGUUUGGGCGCCCUGAUCAAU